AUGUCUUUUUACAAUCAUAGGAACGAGAAUGAAGAAAAUGAGGAUUCUUUAAAUAAUACAAAACCACCGUUGGAGGCUAAUUUUUUUACUGACAUAGCCAAUUCUUUUUUUGAGCUCUUUAGAAUUGUUUAUUUUAUAAAAACGCCAAAAGAAAAUACCUCAAUCUACGAGAAACUUAAGGUGGUCAUAGUAAACCUAGUUUUCUGUGCUCAAUUGACUUACUUACUUACUUAGAAAUUAGAAGGCGUCUGCCAUUUUGAUUACGCAGUCACCACGGAUCCCAAUGCGGGAUUCACCUGCUUUGCGCCGUCUUCGGUUCCACCUUGUUCGAAUUGGGGCAAUGGUUCGCUGGCCCAAGAAUCAGCUCGAGCACUGCCUUUCUCCUUCUUCAGCUCCUGAUGGGCCUGGUAUUCUGAAGUGAGAUUUCACCUGGACGUCUACUCCUCUCCUUGCGGCUUGAGUGUUGAGUGGGCGGGCUAUGGACUUCUGCGGCAAGCUGCUUGUGUAAACGAAGUUGGCACACAAAAAUCCCAAAAAAUGGAAUUUCUGGUGACCUCUCGGCAAAAAAGGAAAAAUUCAAGUCCUGGGGCGUAACUCCCAGUUUCACGCUAGGCACUUGCCCGAUUGGUCUAGGUGCUCCCUGUAGACUCAGCUGAGCUUGCCCUUUCCAAACCUGAACCCCCUCCUUUCCUUCGAGGUAAAACCUAAUCCUGAAUUUGGACUGAGGGCUAGGCUCUGUACAGUACCAGAAUUGCUUACCUAGCAUUGCUGUCCAUUUCUGGGUUAGUAAAACCUUGCCGGAUAUAAUUAAAAUAUGUGCUCGGAAGCUGCAUGGCCGGGAGGCCAUGCUAGGUGGAGACGCCAUAUUUUAAUUAUCCUGUGCUCAAUUGACAAGCUUACUUUGAAUGCCUGAUUUAUCGAUUUAUAAUUGGAAAGGUCAUAUGAAGAUAUGAAAAUACAUUGGAUAUUUAAGGCUCGAUACUUCAUGCGCUGCUUUAGAUAUAAUGGAUGCUUGCACUUAUAUUUCAAUUGUAAUAAUUCUGGCAAAUAUCUUAGUCGCUAUAAUGCUUAUAAUUUUGAUAUAUUUUUGUAUUAGAGUUCCAAAAAUUAUACUUACUUCCUGAUAAUAAUUAUUUUGAAAGCCUUUUUUGGACACAAGUGCACGGCCAUACUGAUGACCAGCUUCGUAUUCCCAAGUCUGGAAUAAGGAACUGGCCAUCAAUAAGAUCCGUGUGCUUGUGCCCAAAAGGACCAAGGCAUAAUAUUUUUAAUCUCUAUUAAAAUUUUAAUAAAAAUAAAGACGCUAUUAGCAAAUUUUAUUGUGGAAAGUUAGGGCUUUUAAAAUCAGUAUUUAUUUGUGAUCAAAUUUAUUUUUAAUACCAACAAUUAUUAUUCUUACAUUUGCUUUGAAAUAUAAAUUGACAAAUGAAGAUUUUAUAUCUGAGUACAACAGUAAAGUAUCUUUAAAAGAUAUUGAGCAUCAUGUAGUGGCAGCAGUUUUGGCAGUACCAUUGAUCAUCUUAUCAUUCUUCUUUAUUAUAUGCACAUCUAUAUUUUCAGGAGAUAUUCGGCAUUCAGUAGCUUCUAAAGUAUUGGAAUCUCGAUCGCAUUCCAAAAUCGAGUAUAUUACUAUUAUAUAUACCUUUGUUAUGUCUAUCUUAUAUGGGACUUUUGCUUUUAAGCACACAACUUAUUUUCAAGUAGUCUCAUUAAUAUAUUCAAGCUAUAUGAUUGUCCAAGUCAUUCGUUACUUGCCUUAUUUUUCACCAUUUAGCAACUGUGUUGCCUCAACAAAAUUUUGGAUUAUUUUUUUGGUAUCAUUUAUGUUCUUAUUUGGAAGAAUUAUUGAUAGUGCAAUGGCUAUUGUUUUAUUAUCAGUAAUUAUUGUUCCUUUAUCAAGUGUCUUUAUUAUUCAUGAGACAUGAGAUUUAUAUGAAAAGCGCAGAAGAAAGGUUUCAAUGAGUUUACAAUCUUUAGAAACUGCUUAUCAGCUCGAAAUGAUAUUGAGAGCAACACUGAUAAAGCAAGAUAUAGAAGACAAAGAAAAAAUUAUAAAAAUCUUUGCCAAGUGCUAUUUAGGCACAAAACUCUACAAAAAUAAGCUGCUUGCAAUAUGGGAAACAAAUUAUUGUAUCUUUAAUUUAGUCGAUGAGUCCUUAGCAAAAGUGAAGCUUGGCAAAGGAAAAGAGUCUAAUAUUAAUUUAGAAUCUUCAUACCAAUCUUACCUCUGUCAGAAAUCUCUCGAAGAUCAUGGCUUAACUGACAACGCGCAGUUUUUGCAUUACUUAUAUAAAAUCCAAAAAGCAAAAAAGGAAGAUGAAUACAUGUGCAUGGCUUUGAAAGAAUUCUGAAGAGAACUAGUUUCUUUAGAUCCAGACCUAAAAAAACUUGACAGUAUGCUGCACAUGAUCUCGAACAACUUAGAGUUCCUUCAUUCUGAGUAUUUCUACCUGAUCACUAAUUUCCCUCGCAGCAAGGAAGCCUUAGUCUUAUAUUCCACAUUUUUGCAAAAUAUUUUAUUUGAAACUGAAAGAUCGUCAUUUCUCAACAAUAAAAGAGCCUCAUUGGAAAAAGUUCUAACAAGCUCAGUAAAAGACCAUAAGAAGCUGAGCUUUUUUGAUGAAAAUAAUGGCGUGAUUCUAGUGUCUUGGGAUAAACAAACACUAGGUAAAAUUCAUUAUGCGAACUCUAGAGCUGCAGCAAUACUCAAACAAUCCGUUGACAAUUUGAUAGGAAGUGAUAUUUCAUCGUAUAUUCCUGAACCAUUUGAUAAAGAUUUCAACAAGCAAAUGUAUGACUUCUUGCAUAUGUCAAAUAGAUCAGAAAUAGAACUCCCAACUAGCAUAUAUAUAAAAAUGCCUAAUAAUUAUAUCGUUGAAUGCAAUGCAAGAGUCUCAAUUACUUCAAUUUCCCACUCUCUCACACUGGUAUGCAUUUUUCGUGAAAGACCUACAACUCAUCAAAUAGCAUUGAUUAACAGCAGCGGAGAGAUCUAUGCAUAUUCUAUGCAAUUCACAAAAUUCACUGGAAGAAAGAUAGCGGAAUUGAAAGGCAUGAAGCUGACCAACCUUUUUCCUGAUUUGCGUAGGAUUAUUUUACUUCCUUUUGUACCUUAUAAGCUUACAAAUCAAGGCCAAGACACUUAUUUAAUUUCUUGCUAUCGAAUUAUUGGGUCAACUCACCUGAGCUACGUGCUAUUAAUAAAUGAUCCUAUAGAAAUACAGUCGUGGAAGCAUGGAGAAGUUGAAGAAAUCCAAGAAUCAAGGAAAAUCAAAAGAAUGGAUUUAGAUUCUCCUCUCCCUUUGAGGGUAAAUAUCUCUUUCACUUCAGAUGAAACUAUAGAAGCUUUGAGAAGCAGAUCAAUCCAAGAAUCCAAAAUAAGACGAUAUACCAGCAUUAAGGCUCAAGAAGACGUCUCUCAAGCAAGCAUAGGCGAUACUAUCGAAAUCUCAGAAAACUCUACUGAUAAAUGAGAAGAUGAAAAAUCAAUUGUACAUUCGCUCAGCUCUGCAAGCUUCAGCCAUGAAAGGAUACUUAAGAGAAUUAUGGAUAAAAUUGCGAAAUCUGUUAAGAUCUUCAAUUGGACUUUGAUUAUUUCUGUAAUCGUUAUUUAGAUGACGGCUGUGCUUGUGACUAAUCUGGUCGUUUUAAUUUACACAGCAGCAGAAGUGAACUCCGCCAGCGAUUUAAGCAUUCCUCUGACUUUGGGGAAAUUAGGUAAAACUUUCUUGUUUAUAGACUAUUUUGCAAGAAGCCUUCAAGUAAGUUAUGGACUUUUUCCUGACCAAAAAAUCAAAAGAUUAAAAAUUGGAAUUAAUUCAAUUUUUUGCUGUAAAAAUAAUUAUUAAAUACUCUUAGGACUUAAUAAAUCGGUUUACUUCAGAAUUCGUUUUGCAGCUCGACGUUCUUAAAGAUAUGCAUCUAAAACUCUCAUCAAAUCUAGCAAACUGGAGAUCAUGCAAUAGCCAAGAAAUUUUUAUUGGGUCUCUUCUCGAUGUUUGAAGUACUGAUGAUGGAAUUUAUCUGCAGAAGAUGAACCUUAUGAAUACCUUGGAAGAGUUUAUUAACCAUGGAAAUGAAUUUAUUGCAAACUUUAAGUCCUCACAAAGUAUUGACGAGAGUGGUAAAUUUUUUUAUCUAAAUGGCUUUGGGAAUGCUUUUCACUAUUGCAAUAGCUCUCUUUAUGAACUGAUUGACUGUGAAGUAUCAAAUAUAAAUGAUUUAGCAGCAAAAAUUUAUUUACUGUCAGGAUUGGGAUUUGGCGUCCUUUGCGUAUGCACUGUUGCUAUGCUUCCGUUUUAUUUUUCGAUUGAUAAGAUGAAAAAUAUUUUCUGAAACUAUAUCAAGCAAAAAGCAUACGAGUUUUACUUUGAUUUAAGACAAGCAUGCUCAGAUCGACUUGCAAGUAUCCAUGGGCAAAUUGAGAGUAUUUAUUCUAAUUCAGCGACUAGCUCAAUGAGCAAGGAGGCAAAAUUCAAAAAGCGCUGGAAAUCCAGCUGAAAAGUGCUAAUCUAUUUUGCAAUUUCUUUUUUCUUCUUUUUAUUCAAUUUGCUUUAUUUAUAUGAAAACUGCACAGAAUUGCUCUCUUUGAGACCAAAACUUAUAAGGGAAUUGAUCAAUAUGCAAUUGCUGCAUAAAGGAUUGGCUGCCUGAUCAAGUGAAAUUUCUGCAGGAUUAAUAAAUAGAUCUUUAGUUAUGUAUUUUCCAUCAAACUACGCAUUUAAAAAUGCGAAUAUCAACUUUAAGCAAAUAAUGUCACAAAUAAAUUACUCGAAAAAGCAGCUGAGAGAUCAUGAUUAUGUUAAACUUUUAACUUCUGAUUAUAUAUCAAAUUUUUAUGAAGAAAUAAAUUCGAGCAAUAAUGUAUUGCAAUUUCCUGUGGAUGGCGCUAUUUUGGCCUUGAUUUUCCCACUGGGAAAUUUUUUGGUUAGACCAGUACCAUAUGGUUUGGUCAAACCAAAAAAUUUUCCAGGUGGGAAAAUCAAGGCCAAAAUAGCGCCAUCCAUGAGUAAAUCCCAUACUUUCAUAUGGCGCUUAUUCAGCUGGAGACAUGAUGGCUUUUGAUGCUUAUUAUCUUUCUUAUUCUAUAGAUAUAGGUGUGUUAGACCUGCUUUCAAUAUGAUUUCAGUUUGUAUUUACUUCUAUUGAUUUGAGCAAUGAAUAUGAAACUCUAAUUUCCUUAGCUGAUGAUGAAUCGCAAGCUCAAAUACAGACACAACUAGGCUAUAUUAUCAUUACUCUUGCUAUCUAUGCUGUUGUUACAAUCAUACUAUAUUUUGGGUUUUAUAUCCCAUUUUUGAGAUGAGAAAGAAAGAGACUCGUUAAAAUGCAAAAUAUUUCAAAUAUUAUCCCAAUAAAAGCACUAAAUCCUCAUCCACUUGUGAGCGAGUAAAAAAUAUUGAAAAAUAUCGUAAAAACCACCCUCCGUGGGCGAACAAAAAAAUGUUUUAUGAAGCAAAUAUUUUCAUAUAUAAGUGAUAAUUAUAUAAUGAGAUCUCUUGCUGAUUCCUUAAUUUUUAACAGCUUUCAUUUUCAAUUGGAAUUUUUUUUUAAAUUUCAAAAACAAAAAUUAACCCCCCCUUUGAUCGAACUCAAUUUUUUGUUCGCUCAAGGAGGGGGGGGGAAGUAAGAUCUCCAGAUUCAAGUAAAAGAUCAUCUUUUUUAAGAAUUUAA